ACCGUUGACGGCUAGAUCUGACGGUCGCUGUGCUCCGGAAGCUCGUGCUUAUCACUCCGCCAUCUCCUUCGUCGGGCUCUCUUCCGCCCUGCUGCUUACUGUGUGCUCUUUCUCCUCUCGUCGCCGCUCCCCAUCCCUGUUCGAAGCUUUUCGUGCCCGAAAUGGCGAAAUCGCUGGCUGAUCGGAGCCCAAUCUGAGCCUGAGCGCACGGAAAUCGCGGUUUCCCGUACCGAUCUUCCAAAAUCCCAAAGAAAUCCGAGCCGGAAUGGCGGCCUCUGCACCGAUCGGGCUCGUGCCGCGCGAUUCGAUGGUGUUUUGACCUGAGGAUCGCAGAAGCUAUAUUUCCUAUGACCGAGCUGUUGUGCUCGUGCUGGUUGGUGCAGGCUUGGAUCGUGUAGGGCGGCGCCUUUACGCUGCGAAGGGUUGGUGGAAUGAUCAGCGCGAGCGCCGUGGCGAUGCGUGGGGAGAUGGGCGGUGGGGGAGCGGAGGAAGAGCUGGAGGACGAGCUCGACGCGCUGCUUGGUGUGGGCGCCGGUGGCCAGCGCCGGCGACCGGUGGACACGGGCGAGAGGGAGAAGGAGCGGGAGCUCAGCAUGUUCCGGAGCGGGUCGGCGCCGCCGACCAUAGAGGGUUCCCUGAACGCCAUCAGCGGGCUGCUCGGCGGCGGCGUGGAGGCGUCGGUGACGGUUGCCUCGAUUCCUGCUGCUGAGGCGUUGAACGGGCAUGGUGGCCUCCUCUCGGAGGAGGAGCUCCGGGCCGACCCAGCCUACCUGUCGUACUACUACUCUCACGGAAAUCUGAACCCGAGGCUGCCACCACCAGUACUAUCUAAGGAGGAUUGGCGGUCAACACAGCGCCUGAAAGCUGGGGUGGUCGGGGGGAUCGGCGACCGGAGGAAGGCGGUGCAAGAGGAGACUGGACAAGGGUCGAGGAUGCCUGUGGGGAGGUCGCUGUUCUCACAACAUCCUGGUUUUGAGCGGGAGGAGGAAGCCAGGAAGGAUGGGGGUGGUGCUGCAGAGUGGGUGGAUGGAGGAGGGGAUGGGCUCAUUGGUUUAUCACUCGGGCGGCAGCGUAGCUUUGCUGAUAUCCUACAGGAUAAUCUUGGCCGUAGAACACCUACUUCAGAGCAUCCCUCUCGUGCAGCCAGUCGCAAUUCUUUCCAUGACAACCAGGAACCAUUGAAUUCUGCUGAGAACCAAUAUUCUAUGCAUAAUGAUAUUUUGGAUGCACAUCAUCCUGUUGGCAAUGUGCAAAAUGUCAGUGGUCUUCACAAUGUUGACGUGUCCAGAUCUCAAAUUUUAACAUCUGCCCUGGGUUCAUCUGUUUCAAGAAAUGCUACACCAGAUCCUCAUUAUGUCGCCAGGGUUCCUAGCCCUGGCCUUCCACCUGUUGGUGUUAGGAUUACUUCCAAUGAGAAGAAGCUGAAUUGCUCCUCAUCGCCAUUCAAUACUGUAUCCUCAAAAGCAGUUGAGGCUGAUGAUAUGUUAGCUGCAUUAUCAAGCAUGAACUUAUCAAAAAGUGGUACUUUGAAUGGUAAUAACAAAAUUGGUCAAUCAAAGUAUCAGAGAGGGAUAAGUGAUCAGCAGAAUUUUUCUCUUGACUCACAAGCUGCCCAAGUCAAUAAUAAUCAGCAUUCUAUGAUGUUAGAAACUGAUGAUGAAUAUUUAGGUAUACCAUCAAUGUCGCAACAAUUGAAUUCUUCAUUUGCUGACAUUAAUAACAAUGUGACUGGUCUAGGAGUGUUAAGAAAUAGUACCAACACAAGGUUAGAUGCACAUUUGGAAAUGCAAAGGUCUUCUACUCUGUCUGCUUGUUCAUAUCAGAAGUCCCAAUCAUCUUCUAAUGAAAGCCCAGGUGGUUCUCCUGCUCAGCAUCAAAAUUUCGAAAAUAUGAAUUCAGCCUUUUUGAACUAUGGGUUCAGUGGGUAUCCACUCAGCCCGACUUUGCCUUCUAUGAUGAAUUGUGCGGGUUCAGGCAGUAUGCCCCCUUUGUUUGAAAGUGCUGCUGCUGUAUCUGGCAUAGCUUCACUUGGUGCAGAUUCGAGAAACCUUGGAAAUAAUAUUUUAUCACCUCCCACGUUGAGCCUAACUGAUCUGCAUAACCUUGGUCGAGCUGGUAAUCAAACCACUACAGGUCUUCAGUCACUGCUUUCUGACCCGUUCUAUGUCCAGUACUUGAAGGCAACUCAAUAUGCAGCACAGGGCAGCUACGGUGAUCCUUCCUUGGAAAGUGGUUUCAUGGGUAGCCCAUAUGCUGAUUUAACUGCUGUUCAGAAAGCUUAUAUUGGAGCUUUGCUUCAGCAGCAGAAACAAUAUGGAAUACCACUUCUAGGUAAAUCAACUGCUUCAAACCAUGGGUACUAUGGCAAUUUGGCUUUCGGCAUGGGCAUGGCAUACCCUGGAAGCCCUUUGGGCAGUCCUGUUGCUUCUCAAUCUGGCCCUGGUAGUCCACUUAGGCUUGGCGAGCGUAAUCUGAGGUUUCCAUCUAACUCGAGGAACCUGAGUGGCUGGCACUCUGAUCCAAGUGGCUAUAUGAAUGAGAACUUUCCAUCCUCACUUUUGGAUGAAUUCAAAAGUAACAAGACCAGAAGUUUUGAGCUCGCUGAGAUUGCUGGGCAUGUGGUUGAGUUCAGUGCCGACCAAUAUGGAAGCCGUUUCAUACAGCAGAAACUUGAAACUGCAACAGUUGAGGAAAAGAACAUGGUCUUUGAGGAGAUCAUGCUGCAUGCACUAUCAUUGAUGACUGAUGUGUUUGGAAACUACGUGGUACAAAAGUUUUUUGAGCACGGGAGUGCUGAACAACGGAGGGAGUUGGCUGAUAAGCUAUUUGGACAUGUAUUAGCUCUCAGUCUUCAGAUGUAUGGAUGUCGAGUUAUCCAAAAGGCGAUAGAGGUGGUUGAUCUGGAUCAGAAAACAAAGAUGAUUACUGAGCUUGAUGGUCAGAUCAUGAGAUGUGUACGGGAUCAAAAUGGAAACCAUGUUAUCCAGAAAUGUAUUGAAUGUGUCCCAGAAGAUUCUAUUCAGUUUAUCAUCUCAAAAUUCUAUGGUCACGUUGUUCCAUUAUCCACCCACCCCUAUGGCUGCAGGGUCAUACAGAGAGUACUUGAGCAUUGCACUGAUCCAAAAACACAGCAGAUAGUCAUGGAUGAAAUAUUGCAAUCUGUAUGCGUGUUGGCACAAGAUCAAUAUGGAAAUUAUGUUGUCCAGCAUGUUUUGGAGCAUGGAAAGCCUCAUGAAAGAUCCAUCAUCAUUGAAAAAUUGGCUGGACAGAUCAUUCAGAUGAGCCAACAGAAAUUUGCCUCGAACGUUGUUGAAAAAUGUCUAUCAUUUGGCGGACCUACAGAGCGAGAAGUUCUUAUAAGUGAAAUGCUUGGAGCCACUGAUGAGAAUGAGCCUCUACAGGCCAUGAUGAAGGAUCAGUUUGGUAACUAUGUUGUACAGAAAGUACUCGAGAUUUGUGAUGACCAGCAACGUGAGUUAAUCCUGUCACGGGUAAAGGUUCACUUAAAUGCGCUGAAGAAAUAUACAUAUGGGAAGCACAUUGUUGCUCGUGUAGAAAAACUUGUUGCUGCUGGCGAGAGGCGGAUUGGACUUCAAUCACAAAAUCCUUCUUAAUGGCGUAAAAAUGACCAUGUACAGCUAACCAUGGCUAGACAGAUCUACCUUCUGCCUCCUGCUUUGGGCUGCUACAAGCCAAGUUUAAAAAUAAACACGUUGUACCAAGAAGUUUGUACAUUUUGUAGUUUGAGCUUAUAGUUAUGUCAAGGUGAGGCUCAGACAAUUCAAUUUAGCUGAUGCGGCUGCAGAGAAUAGGCGUACUGUAUAAUUUCUAGGUGUAAAGACUAAAGGGAGGAGGAAAGUUUGUAUUUUGCGACGAGACUGUACAAAUCUGCCAUCCUGCGAGAGUUAGCAUCUGUUUAGGAUAAAAUUUUAUCGCCCUCCUUGUUUAUCAGUAAUGGAUGUUGGUAAUACUGAAUAACUGAUGUACCUUCCAGCUUCUGAAGUCA